GGGUGGCGAGGGCUUGCCAAAAGUUGCAAAGCAGCAGCGACACCAACCUCGUUAGGCCCCUGCAAGCUGCCUAUCUCCUGAACGCGUGUGCACCGCCGUGGCUCCCCGCGCCGCUGCCUGCAAAACGCAUGAAUGAAAAUCCGCCCGGGCAGGGGCGCGUGGCUUGCAGCGACAGCCAGGGGCGAGCUGCCCCGCGUCCCGAGAGCGGGGGCCAGACGGGAACCCCCGGAGAGCGGAGCCCCGUCAGUGCCGGGUGUCCCCGGGCGGAGGAGGCAGCCGGGCGCGCUGCCCUGCAAGGGGCCUGCUUAAAGGCUGGUGGCCGAAAGUGCAACCUGAUCCCCCGGCAGCUCCACGCUGGUGGUGUCAUGGAGACGUUGACUGAUCAGCCUGUGCUCGGUGUCCAGAAUUACUUGGAGCGGGCGGCACAAAAUCUCAGACCCAUCACUGCCAUCAAGUUCUACGUCUCCAGCCGAACGGACACCGGCGUCCAUGCCCUCUGCAACUCCGCUCACCUCGACGUCCAGAGAGCCGUCGGGAAGCCGCCUUUCCCCGCAAGCGUUAUUGUCUCCGCCCUCAAUUACCACUUGAAACCCGAACCAAUCCGCAUUCUGAGUGCCUAUCGGGUGUCCGAUAACUUCCACGCACGCUUCUCUGCACUGUCCAGAACCUACAUUUAUCGGCUGGUGACCGGCUGCUCUCACCAUUCCCAAAUACCGGUGUUUGAAAGGGAUCUGUGCUGGGCUCCCAAGGGAGACCAUUUGAACGUGCCUGCCAUGCAGGAAGCAGCAGGUUCCCUCCUAGGGACCCAUGAUUUCAGCACCUUCCGCUCAGUCAGCUCUGAAAAACCUUUCAAAUCUCCCAUUAAAACCCUGGCCCAGGCAGACAUCCGACCCUCUUCUGGCUUCAUGUCGCAUCACUAUGAAUACAGGGGACUGCAGUUCUGGGAGCUAGAAUUCAAGAGCAGAUCAUUCCUCUACAGGCAGGUACGAAGGAUGGCAGGGGCUCUGGUAGCAGUUGGCCAAGGCAGGCUGGCUCCUUAUCACAUAAAGGAACUAUUAGAGAUGAGAGACCCACUGGCUUAUCCACUAAACACCAUGGCUCCGGCAGCUGGACUCUUCUUGAAAUCUGUGGAGUAUGACGACGCUGACGUGGACACAGAAGGUAACGCAGCAGAAUAGCGGCCCUGUGAGACGUGCAGCUGUGCCUGAAAGAACUCGGUUGGUGGGGGCCGUGUCGCAGAGGUUUCCAGAACUCGCUUUGCAUGCUGAUACGCAGCCGGGUCUCAAUAAACCCCAUUGAUUGUGGCUA